ACAGCACGCCGACAGAGCACUGUUUUCAAAAUACAAAUACAAAUCGCUACAAUAGACAAAAGCGAGAGAGAAAGGGGACAGAAUGUUUCAUUGAGAGUACAAAUGGGUACAAUUCCGCUGCUCAAAUUUGAAUCACAAACCUUUUAUUCCUCUAUUCCCUUCAGCUUUUCACACAUCUUUAAACCCAAAACCUCUGUUUUUUGCUAAGGGAUUUCUCGCAAUCAGUGCGAUGGAGGUUGGGAAGAGGCUUGAGGAGGAAGCAGGGCCGUCGUCCGCCGGAAAAGUUGAUGAGUUCCGUCAUGAAAAGGAGAGUGAGGAAUCAGAGGUUGAUGAUAAAGAUGGGUUCACUCCAGGGCCUCUGCUUUCACUCAAGGAACAGCUUGAGAAGGACAAGGAUGAUGAAAGCCUAAGAAGGUGGAAAGAAAAGUUGCUUGGGUGCUUAGAAAGUGAUCUGAGCGAACAAAGGGAACCUGAAGUCAAGUUUCAUUCCAUUGGAAUUAUCUCUGAUGAAUUUGGAGAAGUCAAUACUCCAUUGCCUGUAAAUGAAAAUGAAAGUGGUCGUGUUCUUUUUACCCUUCAAGAAGGAUCUCGGUACCAACUUAGGUUGACGUUUACAGUUACGCAUAACAUCGUCUCUGGCCUGUCCUACUCAAACAAAGUCUGGAGAGGAGGAUUGAUAGUCGAUCAAACUCAAGGAAUGUUAGGUACUUUUGCUCCUCAACGUGAACCGUAUGUCGAAACCUUGGAGGAGGAAACCACUCCUUCUGGUAUACUUGCGAGGGGUAUUUACUCUGCAAAGCUUAAGUUCGAAGAUGAUGACAAACGGUGUUACAUGGAACUCCCGUAUUCCUUUGAGAUCAAAAAGAGCAGUUAGCUGAGUCAACAUCGAGUUGAUGCAUAUUUAUUGCCACCUUGCUAGGACUAUUCUGCCUUUUUCCUCCAUUGUGUUUCCUCUCAUGAACUCUGAUAAUCUCUCCUACUUGAUCCACAGUUGAAAUGUGCAAUUGGUUUAUGGUUUUCCAUAUUAAUUUUGGCACCAACUCCGAAAACCGGAAACCAAAUUUUGAAACUUGAAAGCUAAGAAAUUGUGUUGAAGAUGGAAAUGUAAAACUUUUAUAGCCAGCUAUGAGCAUCUCUUUACAUA